CCGCGGGCGUGGCUCCAAAAAUCUGGGGCUAGCGGCUGAAUUCGGCCUAGCGCGGUUCCGGUGCUGCUAUUGUGAAGUUCCUCAAUUGAUUGUGUCUGCGUUGAACUCCAACGACGCCUCGGAGCGCCAUCCUCAACCUCUACUACGCCUCGAUUGCAACUUCCGCAGACCUUCCGCGCACUUUUUCAAUCUCAUCUGCGACUAUAUAUCAUAAUAUACAACUCACGAACGCGACCUCACAAUGAGCGACGACGACGCGACUAGCUAUCCGCCUGCGGAAGACAUCGCACCCGCUACCGAUGCGGCCGAGGAUGACGAUGCGGUGGUGGCUGAUGAUGCGGAAAUAGACGAUGAUGAUCUUUUUGGCGACGGCGACGAGCCAGAUGAAGAGCCUGAGCAGCGCAGGCUUGACGACGAAGACCUCGACUCGGGCGAUGACGAAGACCGCGCUGAUCGCGCACUUGCCGCGACGCAGGAAGAGACAUUCGAAGAACAGUCGUUCAAUUUCAUGGAGCCUGAGAUUGCGCGACACCCCGUACCCGAGCCCAGUGAUGGCGAGCUGUACUUGCUGAAAGUUCCACCCUUCCUUACCAUCGAGCCGAACGUGUUCGAUCACAAAACCUUCCAGCCGCCGGUGACAGAUCACCACUCAAAGCUUCCUCCCUCUGACCACUUCUCCGCUUUCAACACAGCAACAACAACUGUUCGAUGGCGGCACUCGCCCUCAGAUCAUUCUAAGCUUCAGUCGAACGCCCGGAUAUUGCGCUGGUCUGACGGCUCACUUACUCUUCAGUUUGCUAAUGACCCACUGAGCCAAUACGAAGUGAAUCCGACCAUGCUGGCACCUCCCCAAGUCAACCCCCGCGUCCCCGUUCCGAUUAAAGCGAGUCGCAAGGAUCGCGAUGCGAAGGAGAGUUACACAUACCUCACGGCGCCAUAUGAAGAGGCGAACGUCAUGCGCGUAACCAACAAGUUCACCACCGCGUUAUCAGUCGUUCCCACCAUGAACACCAAAGAUGCUGCGCUGGAAAAACUUCAAAACGAUUUGGCUAAAGCGGCGUCUCGUGGCCGAGACAAUGCUGAUCAAGCCAUUUCUUUCAUUGAUGUCAACGAGGAUCCUGAACUCCAACGCCAGCGCGAAGAAGCUUCCCACAAGGAGCGCCUCAAGCAACAACGUGCUCGAGAGAAGCACGAAAUGCGCGAAAUGGAGCGUACUAGUCGUGUCACUCACCGAGGCGGUUACCGCUCUGCGGGUCUGGAUAUUGACAUGUUGGAGGGUGGUGAUAGUGGGCGUCGCGGAGGACCCAAGAAGCCACGCGCCAAAGCUUCACGGAACCGUGGAUGGAGCGACGAUGAAGACGAAGGAAUGCGUGGUCGCGGCAACAAGGAGGAUGAGUACGAUGAGGACGAUGAAUUCAUCGCGCCGAGUGACGAAGAAGAAAUUGUGGAGGACGAUGAUGACGAUGAUGAUGGUAUCAUGGACGCACCAACGAGUCGGAGGAGAGAGAGCCCCAAGAGGGACAGAGGAGGGGACAGCGACGAUGACGACGAGGAUGUGCGUGUGCGGAGCAAGAAGAGAAGGGUCAUUGAAGAUGACGAAGAUGAGGACGAGUAG